CAGAACAAUGGGGCCUAAAGUUUUUGACCUUUGAAGGUCUGAGAACCGGGAGGAGCUAUUGUCAAUAACUGCCAACAUGAUGGAGAAAAAUAUGCAUGAGGGGAAGGAAGCAUCUUCUUCAUAUGUAUCUUGGUCGCCUGAAGUUCAGAAUGAUUGGAUCAAAGCUCAAGAUUCGUUGAAGAGAAAACUAAUCACAGAAGAUGAUUUCAAAUGGAAACUACCCACAACCCAACAAGCACUUGGCGGAAAAGAAGAUGCAGAAGAGAGUAGUGGAGUAUUGAAGUAUGUGGGUGGGGUUGACUUGAGCUUCUCAAAAGACGACCCAUCCAUUGCAUGUGGCAUACUUGUUGUUUUGGACCUCCAAACUUUGAGAGUUGUCUAUGAAGAUUUCUCCAUUGUCAGGCUCAAUAUCCCAUAUGUCCCUGGUUUCCUUGCAUUUAGAGAGGCUCCAGUUCUUUUAGAGCUUUUGCAGAAAAUGAAGAAAAAUAUUCAUCCUUACUACCCCCAGUUGUUAAUGGUUGAUGGCAAUGGAUUACUUCAUCCUCGAGGAAUUGGAUUGGCCUGUCAUCUUGGUGUUCAAGUGAAUAUUCCCACUAUUGGGGUAGGAAAGAAUUUGCAUCACGUGGAUGGUCUUACCCAAUCUAGGGUAAGAAAGCUCUUUGAAGCCAAAGGGAACUUAAUGAAAGAUAUGAUCACUCUAAUCGGGGAGUCUGGACGAACCUUGGGAGCAGCGAUGCGAUCAACUCAGAGCUCAUUCAAGCCUAUAUUUAUUUCAGUUGGUCAUCGUAUAUCUCUUGCUACAGCCAUCAAAAUUAUGGAAAUAAGUUGCAAAUAUCGUGUUCCAGAGCCCAUCCGACAGGCUGAUAUAAGAUCAAGGGACUACCUUCGAAAGCAUCAAAUAGUAUGAACUGUACCUACCUGGGCUGGGCAAGAACAAAAAGAGGUCAUCGUCCAGGAGCUAGUCAAGGCUGGAAUGGGAUAGCAAGCCCUUUCUUCCCUAGUCAAUGCCAUUAGAACAAGGAAAGAUGAGCCAUGUCCUUUUGUAGUGGAUAAAAAGAGAUACUACUAGAAGAGGAUGAAGGUAAAUGUUCCUGAAUAUAAACCUUAUUUUUUGUUAAUAUUAAGCCUACUUUCCUAUGAAGCA